AUGUUCUGUGGCUUGCAUGCAGUCCUGUUUGCCAUUUGGGAGACUGGUACCAUUCCUCCUGACUGGAAAAGAGGCUUGAUCAUCCCUAUCUGGAAAGGGCAAGGGGACCAGAGGGGCUGUGGCAACUACAGAGGUAUUACAUUGCUCAGCAUACAGAAGUCAACUGUAGAUUGUGUCUUAGCAUUUCGUGUCCUUGUGGAAUGCCGACCUGAGUUUCAACAAGGUAUGCUUGUAGCUUAUGUUGAUCUCAAGAAGGCUUUCGACUCAAUGCACCGGGAGAGUCUCUGGAGCCUACUGGGUCUCUGUGGGAUACCCCCUGGGAUCAUUGGUUUGCUGUCUGAUCUGUAUAGAAAUACCGAGAAUGCUGUCUAG